CGCUCCGGAGCGAUGAGAGUUGAACAACAGUGUGAACAUGGGGAGACCUCUGCAGAUCCGAGCCAAAUCCUGAUCCACCAGCUGAGAGAGAUCACCGCCAUCCAGGACCUGCAGAUUCUGCAGGCGGCCCUGAAGACCAGUCAUGGUGACAUGGGCCAGGCCAUUGCUCUCCUGACCACACCACCUGAGGAGGGGGCUGUGUCUGAGGAGGGCAAGGAGGGCAUCUGGGUCACACAGAAAAAGGUUAUGGACAUGACUCCAGAUGGGGAUAAAGAUGACCUUCAGACCGCCAUAGAGCUCAGUCUACAGGAGUCCCAGAAUGCCGAAGCAGAAGAGCAAGAGCUUAACAGGGCCUUGGAGGUCAGCGCGGAGGAGAAUGCCGUGCAGAUGAAGAGGAGGAGGUGUGAGGUCUUGGGAGAAAGCUCCCGCCCAGCUGACUGGAUCCGCCAGGAGGGCUGCCCCGUGGGAAUGCGGAAUGUGGGAAACACCUGCUGGUUCAGCGCUGUAAUACAGUCCUUGUUCCACCUGCCGGUGUUCCGCAGACUGGUGCUCAACUACUGUCUCUCUGAGAGUGUGCUGGAGAAAUGCAAGAAUCACUCGGAGAAAAGGAACAUUGCCUUCAUGCAGGAGCUGCGCUGUUUGUUUGCCCUCAUGGUGGGAUCCACCCGCAGGUUCGUGGACCCCUCUGCUGCUGUGGAGCUCCUGAAGGAUGCCUUCCGAACCAGUGAGGCCCAGCAGGAUGUAAGUGAGUUCACUCACAAGCUCCUUGACUGGCUGGAGGAUGCCUUUCAGCUUGCAGCUAAUGGAAAUAAUCCUGACGAUAAGCAAGAGAAUCCAAUGGUGCAGCUGUUUUAUGGGACAUUUGUGGCAGAGAGAACUCAUGAAGGCAAAACCUUCUCCAACAUUGAACAGUUUGGUCAGUACCCACUGCAAGUGAAUGGAUUCAAUAACUUGGACGAGUGUCUGGAAGGCGCCAUGGUGGAGGGGGAGAUAGAAGCUCUGCACUCAGAUCAAACAGUUUCCUCAGGUCGAGAGCGAUGGUUCUCAAAGUUACCACCUGUACUGACCUUUGAACUGUCCAGGUUUGAGUUCAACCAAUCCUUAGGACGACCAGAGAAAAUACAUAAAAAAUUGGAGUUCCCUCAAAUUAUAUAUAUGGACAGGUACCUUCACAAGAACAUUGAGCAGACACAGGGAAGGAGAGAGGAGGUCAAGAGGCUGAAGGAGCAGCUCACCGCCUUGCAGCAGAAACUAGAGAGCUACAAGAAUUAUGGCUCGGGGCCGGCUAAAUACCCACUGGCGGACAUGUUACAGUAUGUGCUGGAGUUUGCCACCACCAAGCCGACGAGCGUUUCGCCCGCGGAGGAUUUGAGGACAGUGUUGUCACCUGCCCCUGCAUCCCCAGACACCCUGCAACACACAGACCCCACCCAUCAAGGCUCCAGCCUAUCAGAACCAGCAGAUGCGGGACCAUCCAGCGGUUCUGGAUGCCAGCAGCACACAGCACAGAAGACACCCAUAUAUAAGCCCUUCACCCAGUGCAGGCCUCCAAUGGAUCCACCAGCAUACCCAGCACCCCACAGUAUAACAGAGGAAGAGCUGCACUUUGUCAAGGGCUGUCUGCAGCGCUGGAGGACAGAGGUGGAGAGCAACAUUAACGAACUCAAGAGCAACAUCGAGAGGGUGAGCCAGACACUGGAGAGCAUGUAUGCUGAGGGCACUCUGUGCCAGGUGCCUUACAGGCUGCACGCAGUCCUCGUCCACGAAGGCCAGGCGUCAGCGGGCCAUUACUGGGCCUACAUCUUUGACCACUCCCACAGGCGCUGGCUCAAGUACAAUGACAUUUCGGUCACCGAGUCAUCCUGGGAGGAGCUGGAGAGGGACUCGUAUGGUGGCAUGACAAAUGCCAGCGCCUACUGUCUCAUGUACAUUGAUGAUAAGCUGCCACACCUCAUCACAGAAGACAUAGAUGAUGAGACGGGACACGUCUUGCAGGGGCUGGACUCCCUUCCCCCGAUUCUCCAGCGCUAUGUCCGCGAGGACAACCGCUGGUUCCAGCAGGAGCUGCAGGAGUGGGAGGAGCAGUUUUGCAGGGCCCCUCAGGAGGAACCCGCGGCCCCCCCAACUGAGAACACCAGAGAUCCUGCCCCCGCUCCUGCCCUGGAACCAGAGCCAGAAGAGCCCGCCCCCAGCCAGCCAGAACCCUGCUCAUUGCCAUCACACCAAGUUGGUGUUGACAGAGAGCAAACCGCUCAGGUCAUUGUGGACAUCUCAAACUGCCCCCAGAGCAAUGUGGCACAGGAAGUCCCCUCUCAGAUACCUCAGGUGGAGGCAGAGACAGAGCCAGAACCAGAGGCCAAAGGAGAAGUGGAGGAGGUGGAGGUGGAGGUGGAGGUGGAGGUGCAGGUGGAAGCCAGGGGCGGUGAUAAUGAGGUGGGGCCACGGCAAAAAACAGAGCCAGAACCUGAGCCUGAAGCUGUAGACACACCUCCCGAGGCCUCAGACACACCUCUCAAGGCCUCAGACACACCUCCCGAGGCCUCAGACACGCCCCCCGCUGCCUCGAACAUGCCUCAUGAGGCCUCAGACACGCCUCUCGAGGCCCCGGACAUGUCUCCUGAGGCCUCGGAAACGCCCCCUGAGGCCCUGGACAUGCCUCCUGAGUCCUCAGACACGCCUGCUGAGGACUCAGAUAUACCUGUCGAGGCCUUAGAUACACCCACUGAGAUAAGAAACAGGCAGCCGGAGAGCCAGGUCUCUGAGGUGGAGAUCCCCAACGUAGGGAAGAUUCUGGUCAGAUCUGACGCAGAUGGAUAUAACGAAGAGAUGAUGCUCACGCCAGCCAUGCAGGGAAUCAUCAUGGCCAUCGCCAAAGCCAGACAGGCUUUCGACAAAGAAGGGCCAGAGGCAGGACUCAUAAAGGUUUCCGUCACAGCCUUCCACGAAGAGUACUCCCGCCUCUACCAGCUGUCCCAGGAGGAGACCACCCCCCAGCAGGACCCCCGUCUCCAGCACGUUCUGGUCUACUUCUUCCAGAACCACGCUCCUAACCGGGUCAUAGAAAGGACUCUUCUGGAGCAAUUUGCAGACCGCAACCUCAGUUAUGAUGACAGGUCAAUCAGUAUCAUGAGAGAAGCUCGGGCCAAGCUCCGCUUAAUUAAACCAGAGGACAUGGAUAUGGAGGAGUAUAUGAAAUGGCAUGAGGAUUAUGGCCUGUUUCGGACCGUGUUCUUGUACGUGCUGACGGGCCUGGAGCAGUACCAGAAUGGAAAAGUAAGGGAAGCACUGAACUACCUGGCCUACGCUUACCAGAAUAACAUGGAACUGCUGAAGACUGGGGAGAAGAAAGGCGUUGAUCAGUCACUAAUCGCACUUUAUAGGAGGAAAUGUCUGACGGAGCUGAACGAGAAUGCGGCGACGCUGUUCAAGAGCGGGGAGGAGAGCGACGUGGAGGAGGGAGUGAGCAUCAUGAACGACACGGUCAUCCCCUGCAUGCACCUCAUGAUCCAGGACGACGUCAGCCAGGAUGACCUGGAUGCCAUCGAGGUGAUGAGGAGCCGCUGGUGCUCCUACUUGGGCCAGGACAUGGGUGAUGUCCUUCAGGAGAAGCUGGGUGAAUUCCUGCCCAGGAUGUUGGACUGCUCUGCGGAGAUGAUCGUCCUGAAGGAGCCACCUAAGGUCCGGCCCAACUCGCCACACGACCUGUGCAGCAGGCUUGCUGCGGUCAUGGAGUCCAUCCACGACACCUCUAUCCUGACGGUCAAGUGAAACCCCACCACACCCCCUUCCCCCCAGUGCAGUAAUGGCAGGGAUACUCUGGUAUGACCCCCAAGAUUGUAACACCUCCCAGCCGUCUUCCUCCCAAGGAAGAUUUCUAACUCACUAGAAUAUGACUGCCAAGUGUUAUUCACGCACCACUUUCUGUUCUGUGUUUAUGUGUCUUUUUCUCCUUAGGGCUUUUGCCAGUUCUCUUUUUUAAACAUACACAUUCAGGUAUAUGAUGUGUUGAUAUGCUGAGCUUGAUGUUAAUUGAACGUAAAGUAGUUUGAGCAAUUAUGUGUCUUUAUUUUGUACUAUUCAUUGACAUUUUCAACAGUAAACUGAGUGUCCAUGCCUAGGAAUGGAAAUCAAGCCACUUGUUGAUUUUAUUAUGAUUUACUUUUACAACUACCAUUGUCCAUUAAGCAACAGUAAAUAUUAGGAUUAAACUUUAGAUUUCUUUACAUUUCUGAUUCUGUCUUUUAAUUCUAUAUACAUUUGCUUCAUAAAGUUGUUCCACUGUCCCACUGUUGAAACUGCUACCACUUUAGACUUCAAUAAACCU